CGUUGGGGUUUAUUCUAAAUGCUCCCCCAAGUCAAAGGCGCAUUCACAAAACGGUAACCGGCGCGUGUGGUUCGCUUAGCUCGCAUUGGAAUUUUGGAUAAUAAAUUGGCUCAAACUGAAUCAAAAAGCAACUAAACUGUGAUAAAAUAAAAAUAAAAAAAUCCCCAAACAAAAACAUAUUUAACAAGAAUAGCUUGAAAACAACUAUUUUAAUUAACAAAUAAUAUUUAAAAAAAAAACAACAAAGAAAAAAAACAAUAAAAAUCAGCAGCAACAUGUCGUGCAAUAAUGAAGCUUUCAAUUUAAAUGGUUUAAUGCCCCAAGCCCAUAUGGAGUGUCAAUUCAAUCUCACCAAUGCCGUUGAUGGCGGCUAUGCACCCAUGGCCCUACAGAGUUUUCCCACCCUACUGGCGGUGGCCAUGAAUCUAUUCAAUCAUGUUUUAAUUGUGACUUUGACCUCUUACAUGGUCUACAAAUGUUGGCUAUUGGAGUUUCAAAAGACCGCCCUGCAUGCCCAUCUCUGUACAAUUGGGUUCGUACUGCUAAUGGCCGAGGGGAUAAUGGUGCGCUAUCGUGCCAACAUUCUAUUCGAUGACUAUUCGCCGGAGAGCAAAACCUUGAUGCAUGCCUUGCUCCAAUUUAUGGGUGGAUUUUUGGGUAUCAUUGGUACGCUGCAAAAAUACUGGGGCAAGGAGAUCCAUUUCAAGUCGCGCCAUGCAAAAUUUGGUUUGGCCGCCUGCAUAUUUUGUUUCAUCAAUUUCAUUGCCGGUUUCUGUACCCUGAUAUUACCCUCCAGCCGUGCCACCAUGAAGCUAUUACACACCUCAUUGGGUCUACUCACCUUUGUCACCGGCAUGUUGGCCCAAAUCUUUGGCUAUGACACCGGAUUCUUCCAACGCAACUUUAGCCAUAAACGUCUCUUCAAAUUUGUCACCUUCGUCAUUAUGGCCAUCUCCAUAAUUGGACCAUUCAAAAUGAUGACCUAUAAAAUGCACAGCACUUUUAUGAGCAGCAUGCCUCAAGCAAAUAUAUGAGGAGGUCUUUUGAGGUGGUCAGGUGACGACCAGAAAAAAACUGUGAUUUUAAGAUUAUUGUUGCCCUU